AUGUUAUCCUCUCGUAUCUUCUAUGGCUUCCUGCUGGCUUUUUUUGCCCGGGCAGAUGUGACCAACGACCAUGACGGCCGCCUCAAAACUGCUGUUGUUCUAGACCAUCCCACAACCGGAGCUAGCACCACCCCAGAGGGCCGUACUUUCUUGAAGAUUGCACGCGUCGAUGGCACAAAUGGCUCCCAAAUUGUGGAAGUCAUCGGCAAGAACUAUACGCUUGUGCCAUAUCCAAAUGAGGCAUGGAAUUCGUGGAAUGCCACCUCAGAUAGUGAAGCCGACUCGGAGAGGAAAUACGUGUCAGCAAAUGCGCAGCGCGUCGGCCCUGACGGAAAUCUCUGGGUCAUAGACAGCGGAUCCCUGGAGGAAUUCCCCAAUUCGUCUAAGCUCAUUUCAUUCAAUUUGACCACCAACGAGGUCCACCGUAUCUACUACCUUGGCAAUACCACUACGACAAAGGGUUCGCUCAAUGAUGUGCGCUUUAAUGGCAAAUACGCCUACCUGACUGAGUACACCAUCGGAUCGAUCAUUGUGCUUGAUCUUGAAACCGGCGAUUCGCGCCAAGUGCUUCGGGAGCACAAGUCAACUGUUGCUUUGCUCCCUCUUUCAGCAGAGGGUAGCUUGAUGCGGUACUCUGCGACGGGCGAAUAUGCAUAUGUGAAUGCCGACCAGCUCGAGGUCUCGCCUGACGGCAAAUACUUCUACUAUCAACCUGGUAUUGGCUAUUUGUGGCGCAUUGAAACCAAGUAUCUGAACGGGGCUCUCCAUAACGAAACCCUCGCAGAUGAGUUGCCUAACUAUGUUGAGCCAUUCUCCCUGACACCUAGCACCGGUGGAACUGCCAUUGACGCCCAUGGUAACAUCUACUACAGUGAUGGGGAUCGCCAGGAGGUUCGAUCUGUGGCACCCAAUGGAACCACCACCUUGGUGGUACGCGAUUCCAGACUCUUGUGGGUCGAUGCCAUGUGGAUUGAUACGAAACAGCGUCUUUGGAUGUGUGCCUCGCAGCUCAACCACGGUGAUAUGUUUGUUCAGGCAAACAACCAGAGCAACACGCUCAAUAAGCCUAUAUAUGUUUACACUCUCGAUAUUGGCCACGGCCCUUCUCCUAUUGAUCAUGCUUAA